CUCCGCCUCCCAGACCCCGGCGCCGCCACCUCCCCCUCCCUCCCCCCGGCCCCGCCCGGCCCUUCGAGCGGCCGCGGAGACCGCGCAGCGCGGCAGGCGGGAUCCGCACGAAAUAAAUCAGAAUGAGUUACACAGAAAAACCCGAUGAAAUCACAAAGGAUGAGUGGAUGGAAAAGCUCAAUAACUUACAUGUCCAACGAGCAGACAUGAACCGUCUCAUCAUGAACUACUUGGUCACAGAGGGCUUUAAGGAGGCAGCGGAGAAGUUUCGAAUGGAAUCUGGGAUUGAACCCAGUGUUGAUCUAGAAACACUUGACGAGCGAAUCAAAAUCCGCGAGAUGAUACUGAAAGGCCAGAUUCAGGAGGCCAUUGCGCUCAUCAACAGCCUCCACCCAGAGCUGCUGGACACAAACCGCUAUCUCUACUUCCAUCUGCAACAACAACACCUGAUCGAGCUGAUCCGCCAGCGGGAGACAGAGGCAGCGCUGGAGUUUGCACAGACCCAGCUGGCUGAGCAGGGUGAGGAAAGCCGCGAGUGUCUGACCGAGAUGGAGCGCACACUGGCCCUGCUGGCCUUUGACAACCCUGAGGACUCACCCUUCGGAGACCUGCUCAACAUGAUGCAGAGGCAGAAGGUGUGGAGUGAAGUAAACCAAGCUGUCCUAGAUUACGAGAAUCGUGAGUCAACACCCAAGCUGGCAAAGUUGCUGAAAUUACUCCUUUGGGCUCAGAAUGAGCUGGACCAGAAGAAAGUAAAAUACCCUAAAAUGACAGACCUCAGCAAAGGCGUGAUUGAGGAGCCCAAGUAGUCUGUGUGGGGCCCCGCUGCAUGGCCCUGGGCCCGCGGGCGCCACCUGGGACUGAAGAUUUUUACGGCAGCAGAGAACUCUCUUCUCCCUUCUUUUACUGUUUGUGUGUUUUGUUUUGUUUUUGACCCAGCAUCAUUUUGAAAGGGAAAGCGGCCCUUUUAAGCACUGGAAAACUCCCAGUGCAAGAUACCGUCUCUUCUGGAAGGCCGGUGAGGACUGCCCCGUGGCCUGUGCUCAGCGUUCUGGGCACUUGAGCUCGUGAAGGCGCCUCAUCUUAGGGCCACUAGCCCACCCGAGGCCCCGCCCAGAGCACUGGGCAGCACUGACGGCCGUCUCGCUCUGUCAGCAUCCAGGAGGGCAGUAUGUCCUCCUCCCCCAUCUCGGCCGGCCUUCAUGUAGAAGUGUUUUCUUUCCCUCUUUGGUUUUUGGUUUAUUCUUGUUUUUUCAUAGGAAAGACUAUAUGAAUUUGUAAAUCCCAAUUCAAGGACUUCUUUUGUGCGAGGGCACUAAGUUUGGUUGUCUUCCUGUUUGGUCUGGGUCGUGUGGCUUUGGGGGAGAUGGGUGUGUGCGUGUGUGUAUGCGGGGCGGGCUGUGUGUUUUUUAAUUUUUUAAAUAUAUAUUUUGGUGCUGUAAGUGGUGAGAGACUCUUUCCUAGUGGAUCAAUGAACCAUCUCUCCUGGGCACUUUUGUUGAAAAUAAAGGUUUCUCCUUAAUUUCAAGAAUGACCACAGUGGUCUCUCAGAAGUGUUCAUCAUCUUGAGCACAACUUUUGCUUUUGGGGUGUCUUCCCCAGGGUGACGGUAGUGACACUCUGGUACCUACAGCCAGAAAGGGGCAGCUGCUGGUGACAUGUGAUGGUGCCAGGCAUGUGCUGUGGUGCAGUGGGCUCUGUGACCCGCACUUCUGCCUCUCACUCUGUCAGCCAGUCUGGCAGACGUCCAGCUCCUGUUCCCUCAUGUCUGUCCCCUGCCUGGUGCCCACUGCCAUCAGUGAGUCCUGAGUGCAGGCUCGGGUGUUGGGGUUUGGGGCAGGUGGCCCAGGGUGCCAGUGCAGAGCUGCCAGCCCUCAGUGAGGCUGGUGGAGGUGGAGGGGCCCUGGCGUGCAGAGCUCCCUGGGGCUGGUGACCCCCACACAUCCUCUGGUGGGAGCACCUGCGUGGCUGGGAUUCAGUUCUCACCUGAUCCCUCCCACAGGGUGGGCUGUGCUGGCACCUGGGCUCUGCAGAGAUGCACGCCAUCAACAGAUGAAUCUGGAGAGUCCGUUGGCCUUGGUGCUCGGCUGGGUAGGUCUUCGGGGAGGUCAGGUCUGCUCCGGCUGUGGGGCAUCUCAGUCACAUCCCCACACACUCAGUGUUUGUCCCACAGGGUCUCUGGCUUCAGCUCCUCUCCCCACUCACUUCGGGCUGCACUUGGAGGCUGCAGGUCACUGGUUUUCAGUGGGUACAGCUUCAGGCAGAGUUUUCCCUCCCCAGUCACAGAGCAAAGGCAAAAGCACUGAGGUCUUUGUAGAUCAUCAGGAGACCAUCAGGCCCUGGACUGGCCCUUAGAGCUGCCCUUUUGGCCUUGUGAGCACUGGGAGGGGUCCUUUGCUCACCCCCGGAAGUGAUGAGCUUCAGCUCUGUCUCGGUCAUCAACUCAGAUGUGACCUUUCUGUAUGAUCAUUUCCUCUUAAGAUUUGGGAAUAAAAGUAGGGAGAAAGGGGCCUUUGAUCUUCAGGUGAUAGUUAAAUACAGCAGAAGCUGCAGAAAAAUAUUAGGGAAGUCGAGGUAAAAUUACACUUCUCAAAAAGCACGAAGUAAUUCAGCAUAUUCCUAUCCUUUACUAUUAGUGUAUAUAAGAUAAUUUAUGUGCAUCAUUAACAUACAAUCAGUCUGACAUUUUUCAAAAUAGUGGGUUUGAGAUGUAUAUUACUGGGUAAGAAUCAUCCAUAAACUAUGGGGACCUGUGGAGGGCCUGUCAUGUGUAGGAAGUGUCGAAUGCUUAAGAGAAGUGCUGCUGGCUUGUUCAUCAUUUAGUCAGUGAGGGGCUUGACCAGUGAGUGCGAAGACCCAUAAGAGCUGGGUGCCAGUGAGAUGUGGAGAAUUCAGAUGGUGCCGUUGGGUUCUUUCCCUGUGUAUAGAGAGUGUGGUUCCUUCCCCAUGGGCUGGAAAUCUUUAAAGGGGCAGCUUUGCACUUUUCUGUUUCCUCCUUUUGCAGUCUUUUUUUUUCAGCAAGCAUUUCAAGGUAAUGAACAUUAAGUAUAUCGAUUUUUCUACUUCGUCUCAUUUGGAUCUCACUGUCAUGUUUGUUAAAAUGUGAUGU